UUUGCUCGGUUCGUCCCUGAUGAUAAGCUAUAGCCUCUUUUUCUGUUCAACUAUAAAGGUUUAGAUUAUGGAUUCGUCAAGUUCUUGAAUUCUAGGGGUUCUGCUUCUUCCUUUUUGCGGGAUCCAUUGUUGGUUUACAAUACAACAACAACGAUACACCCAGUGAAACCCACAAAGUGGGGUCUGGGGAUGGUAGAGUGUACGCAGACCUUACCCCUACCUUGGGAGGUAGAGAGGUUGUUUCCUGUUGGUUUACAAUAAAGGUACAUAUAUGUGCUGCUAAUUACUUUUUACUGGAGUAUUUUUUUCAUAAUGAAAUAGUAGGCAUCCUUGCUUCAGCCAAAGACCCUUGCAGUCUCUUUUCAAUUGCUAAUGAAGAUGGGAUGUAGAGCAGGAAAGAAGAGUGGAAAAGAAUGGAGGAACAUAAACAAAGGCUAUGGUGCUGACAGUUCCAGUGUGUUGAAGAAAAUAUCGCCUUAUGUCGUUCCCGUGGCAGCUGAUGCAAAGUCAUAUGUUCUCAUAAGUCAGCUACCCGCAGAUAUAUACAAGGCAUGUGUGGAGGAUGCAAAGAAAUCACAUGUCACUGCUCUUAGUUUUGUCGUUACUAGCAUUGUUAAACUUGCUGGAGGAAAAAUUAAUGAAGAAAAUCUUUGGCAUCAGUUGAGACGGCUGGGAUUGUCUGAAACUGAUGAAAGCCAUCCUGUUCACGGAAAUGUCAAACUAGCAUUGGAAGCAAUUGUUCAACAAAGAUACUUGCACAAAGAGAAAGUUAAUGGUCCAGAAGGUCAUACAACGUUUUCUGAACUUGCUGAGAGGGCACUAGAUGAGCCAAUUAAUGAUGGAAUGAAGAGCAUAGAGCAAAGAUCGUGAACAAAAAUAUUGCCUCGGUGGACGCUGACUAGUUUCUUUACUGCUGACUGUGAUUCUUCGCAAGUGUCUUUGGCCAUAGUUCAUAACUGUAUGAUAUUAUUCUUUGAAGCUGUUAAUUUGGUAUAUGAUGUUUUGGCUUCACCAGAAGUGCCACUUUCAUUCUUCGUCGACUUUUGUAGUAGUAGUCAUUAGUGUAUUUAGGCAGCUGAAUUUAUGUUAUUUAUCUGACCAUCCUUUUUGUCUGGCAUACUUAUUAAGUUUUGGUUAUAGAAGUAUUAAUACUCCAUCCAGCGAAAAUCUUGAAUUGGUCAUUCUUUUGGAUAAUAUUUGACAAUGUUUC